GGCAUCGUUGUAGUCACGGAAGAAAGUAAACCGGGGUUGCGAGCAAGCAAAAAGCGAUGCUGUUUUGCCAAGCGGGAUAAAAAUGGCUGUCUGCCGCUUCACUACUGCUUUGUAUCGCUGGAGCGGGACGUAUUUGCGAGAAUGACCAUUGAUCCUGUUGCGGUGUUAUCCAUUCUACUGGAUGCAAUGCAAACCGGUGUUGGUGUUUGUUCGAAACUUCACUUUAAAUUCCGACGAAUAGUAGGGGCUUUGUCAAGGGAAGCCACCGCUGUUGAUAGUGCUCAGUAG